GUGCUGUGGCCGUCUCUACGUCGUUUACUCCUUUUAGUCUUUAGCUGCGGCCUUGCGCUGUAGCGGGGAGCUUUGCGCUUGAGAGUUCGGUGAGAAGCGCGUGCCCGCGGCACAGUACCCGGAGGCCCGGUGUGUCGGCUCUGGAGCUUCAGGGAUCUUGUCAGUCAUUUCGUCAGGCCAGAAAACGCUGGCUGGAGCCGUCCGCGGUGGGAUUCUUUGGAGAUCAAGCCUUCCCUGCUUGAGGAGGACGCUUGGCGGCGUGUCGCCUGCGCUGGUGCAACCUGGAGAGAUGAAGACAACUUUGCAGGAUGAGAUUGAAGCCAUUCUUCGGAAGAGGAUUAUGGUGCUGGAUGGUGGGAUGGGGACCAUGAUCCAGCGGUACAAACUAAGUGAAGACAGUUUCCAAGGGCAAGAGUUUAAAGAUCACACCAGGCCACUGAAAGGCAACAAUGACAUCUUAAGUAUAACUCAGCCUGAUGUUAUUUACCAAAUUCAUAAGGAAUACUUGCUGGCUGGAGCAGAUAUCAUUGAAACAAACACUUUCAGCAGCACUAGUAUCGCCCAGGCUGACUAUGGCCUUGAACACUUGGCCUACCGGAUGAACAAGUGCUCUGCAGAUGUGGCCAGGAAAGCCGCUGAGGAGAUAACUCUGCAGACAGGAGUCAAGAGGUUUGUGGCUGGAGCUCUGGGUCCGACUAAUAAGACACUUUCUGUCUCUCCAUCUGUGGAAAGGCCCGAUUAUAGGAACAUCACAUUUGAUGAGCUUGUUGAAGCAUACCAGGAGCAGGCCAAGGGAUUGCUGGAUGGUGGGGUUGAUAUCUUACUCAUUGAAACAAUUUUUGAUACAGCCAAUGCCAAAGCAGCCUUGUUUGCGCUCCAGAAACUCUUUGAAGAGAAUUAUGCUCCUCCCCGGCCUAUCUUUAUUUCUGGGACCAUUGUUGAUAAAAGUGGACGGACUCUUUCUGGCCAGACAGGAGAGGCUUUUGUCACCAGCGUGUCUCAUUCAGACCCUCUCUGCAUUGGAUUAAAUUGUGCUCUAGGUGCAGCUGAAAUGAGGCCUUUCAUUGAAACAAUUGGAAAAUGUACGACAGCCUAUGUCCUCUGUUACCCAAAUGCAGGUCUUCCAAAUACUUUUGGCGACUAUGAUGAAACACCAUCCAUGAUGGCCAUGCACCUGAAGGAGUUUGCUGUGGAUGGCUUGGUAAACAUAGUUGGUGGAUGCUGUGGGUCAACACCUGAUCACAUCAGGGAAAUUGCAGAAGCUGUGAAAAAUUGUAAGCCAAGAGUUCCCCCUGCUAGUGUUUUUGAAGGACAUAUGUUACUAUCUGGUCUAGAACCCUUCAGGAUUGGACCAUACACCAACUUUGUUAACAUUGGAGAGCGAUGUAAUGUGGCAGGAUCCAGGAAGUUUGCUAAACUCAUCAUGGCAGGAAACUAUGAAGAAGCCCUGAGCAUUGCCAAAGUGCAGGUGGAAAUGGGAGCUCAGGUGCUGGAUAUCAACAUGGAUGAUGGCAUGCUGGAUGGUCCCAGUGCAAUGACCAAGUUCUGCAACUUCAUUGCUUCUGAGCCUGACAUUGCCAAGGUGCCCCUGUGCAUUGACUCUUCCAAUUUUGCUGUGAUUGAAGCUGGGUUGAAGUGCUGCCAAGGGAAGUGCAUAGUGAACAGCAUCAGUCUGAAGGAGGGGGAGGAGGACUUCCUGGAGAAGGCCAGGAAGAUUAAGAAAUUUGGAGCUGCUGUGGUGGUUAUGGCUUUUGAUGAGGAAGGACAGGCAACAGAAACAGAUGUUAAAGUCAAUGUGUGCACCAGAGCCUACCAUCUACUUGUGGAAAAAGUGGGCUUCAAUCCAAAUGACAUCAUCUUUGACCCCAACAUCCUUACCAUUGGUACUGGAAUGGAAGAACAUAACUUGUAUGCUAUCAAUUUUAUUCAUGCAACAAGAGUCAUUAAGGAAACAUUACCAGGAGUCAGAAUAAGUGGAGGUCUUUCCAACUUAUCCUUCUCCUUCCGAGGAAUGGAAGCCAUUCGAGAAGCAAUGCAUGGUGUUUUCCUUUAUCAUGCAAUCAAGUUUGGUAUGGACAUGGGGAUAGUCAAUGCCGGCAAUCUCCCUGUGUACGAUGAUAUCCAUAAGGACCUUCUUCAGCUCUGUGAAGACCUCAUCUGGAACAAAGACUCUGAGGCUACUGAGAAGCUCUUACGAUAUGCCCAGACUCAUGGCAAAGGAGGGAAAAAAGUCAUCCAGUCAGAUGAGUGGAGGAAUGGCUCGAUUGAAGAGCGCCUGGAGUAUGCUCUUGUGAAGGGCAUUGAAAAGCACAUUGUUGAAGAUACCGAAGAAGCCAGGUUAAACCAGGAAAAAUACCCUCGGCCUCUGAAUAUAAUUGAAGGGCCCCUGAUGAAUGGCAUGAAAGUGGUUGGUGAUCUUUUUGGAGCUGGAAAAAUGUUUCUACCUCAGGUUAUAAAGUCAGCUCGUGUCAUGAAGAAGGCUGUUGGCCACCUUAUCCCUUUCAUGGAAAAAGAACGGGAAGAAGCCAGAGUGCUUAAUGGUUCAGUUGAAGAAGAGGACCCUUACCAAGGCACCAUCGUGCUGGCCACUGUUAAAGGUGAUGUGCAUGACAUUGGCAAGAACAUAGUUGGUGUGGUGCUGGGCUGUAAUAAUUUCAGAGUUAUUGAUUUAGGAGUCAUGACUCCCUGUGAUAAGAUUCUACAAGCUGCUCUGGACCACAAAGCAGAUAUAAUUGGCUUGUCAGGACUCAUCACUCCAUCCUUGGAUGAAAUGAUUUUUGUUGCCAAGGAAAUGGAGAGGUUGGCCAUAAAGAUCCCACUGUUGAUAGGAGGAGCAACCACUUCAAGAACCCACACAGCAGUUAAAAUAGCACCACGAUACAGUGCGCCUGUAAUCCACGUCCUAGAUGCAUCCAAGAGUGUGGUGGUGUGUUCUCAGCUGUUAGAUGAAAAUCUGAAAGAUGACUACUUUGAAGAAAUACUGGAAGAGUAUGAAGAUAUUAGACAGGAUCACUAUGAGUCUCUCAAAGAGAGAAAAUACUUAUCCCUAAGUCAAGCCAGAAAACAUGGUUUCCACAUUGAUUGGCUGUCUGAACCUCACCCAGUGAAGCCCACGUUUAUUGGGACCCAGGUCUUUGAAGACUACAACCUGCAAAAGCUGGUGGAUUACAUUGACUGGAAGCCUUUCUUUGACGUCUGGCAGCUCCGGGGCAAGUACCCCAAUCGAGGAUUUCCCAAGAUAUUUAAUGACAAAACAGUAGGCGAAGAAGCCAAAAAGGUAUACGAAGAUGCUCAGAAUAUGCUGAACAUAUUGAUUAGUCAAAAGAAACUCCAGGCCAGGGGUGUGGUUGGAUUCUGGCCAGCACAGAGUGUCCAAGAUGACAUCCACCUGUAUGCAGAGGGGGUGGUGCCCCAGGCCGCUGAGCCCAUAGCCACCUUCUAUGGACUCAGGCAGCAGGCUGAGAAGGACUCUUCCAGUACAGACCCCUACCACUGCCUCUCAGACUUCAUUGCUCCUCUGCAUUCUGGUGUCUCUGACUACUUGGGUCUGUUUGCUGUUGCCUGCUUUGGGGUUGAAGAGCUGAGUAAGGCCUAUGAGGACGAUGGUGAUGACUACAGCAGCAUCAUGGUGAAGGCGCUAGGGGACAGGCUGGCAGAGGCCUUUGCAGAGGAGCUCCAUGAGAGAGUGCGCCGAGAACUGUGGGCUUACUGUGGGGGUGAGCAGUUGGGUGUCACAGACUUGCGCAAACUUCGGUAUGAGGGCAUCCGGCCAGCUCCUGGUUACCCCAGCCAGCCUGACCAUACUGAGAAGCUCACCAUGUGGAGACUGGCCAACAUCGAGCAGGCCACAGGCAUCAGGUUGACAGAAUCCUUGGCAAUGGCACCUGCUUCAGCAGUAUCAGGUCUAUAUUUCUCCAAUGUAAAGUCCAAAUAUUUUGCUGUGGGAAAAAUUUCCAAAGAUCAGAUUGAGGAUUAUGCUUUGAGGAAGAACAUGCCAGUGGCCGAGGUGGAAAAAUGGCUUGGCCCCAUUCUGGGAUAUGAUACAGACUGACUUCUCUAUCACACUCCUUUACUCUUCCUGUUUUUCUUUUAAACUUUUCUGUUUGCUUACCUCAAAGUGGGG